AGAAAAACAGGCAAACGCCCGCUGCAACAGCAUCCCGCCUCCCAACUGUGAGGAAAGACGCGUACAGCGUUCGUCCAUGAGGAAGGCUCUGCCCAGCUCGAGGCUCUCGCCGCUCAAGUGUACAUACACCGCAGCGCUUGCCUUGAAUGUCGCUGUUUCCUUUCGCUGCCUCUUCCCGUUGAUUUUCGCUUCUCCCGCUUCACUGCUUUAAACGCCGCGACCCGUCGCUCUUCUCGCCGGUCUCCACCCGCGCCUCCCGCAGCUGUUGAGUCUUCCACUCGAGAGAGUUCGCAAAAAGUCGGAUUUCUCGCUUGCGUUCUCCGCUUCUUGGCUGCGUUUCUGGAAUUCCAUUUUCUCAACUUCCGCGACGGCCAUGUGCUCAUCGCGACGUGCCCCUCUCGGGUGUACAGGCACCUCCAGUUAUGGCCGAAGAGUCACCGGAGUCGUUCCGGCUUUUCUCUUCUCCCUCGUUCCUCUCGUGUAAACUGGAGCUUUCUUUCGUCUUUCGAUUCGCCCCUUCAAUCUGAAACAGCGCCUUUCUCUUCUGUCUCUUCCCGCUGCUCUACGUCUUCCCCGCUGCUCUGCGUCUUCCCCGCUCUGCCUUCCCUGGGUCUCCGCUGGCCGCUGCUUCUCUGGGUGUCUGUUCACCCAGUGAGUUGCUGCUUCCCUGCCUCUGAAGAACGGCGGCGAGGCAUCCUGAGAUUCCGGACCUCAUCGGCGGUCUGCCUCGCCUCUGUCGCCUCUUCUUUGCAUUCAGCACAGUGGGUCUCUGCUCUCUUUCUGCCCUCCUCGCCAUCACUUUCUUGUGUUCGUUCCGAGGCAGAAAGCUCGAACGUGGAACGGAAGCAAAUCCACUUCAACUCUCAGAGAGAAGAUUCGUCGCCUGCUUCUCCUCUUCGUCACCGAAAACUCUCCGCAGACCUGUCUCUUCUUUGCGUUUCCUCUGUCCCCUCUCCCGUGCACAGACAGCUCGCGGUUUUUUCUGGUGCUUCUUGCGCCGCGCGACUGCUUGUUUUAAGAGUUCCUUUUAUCUUGAAGAAGCGGACGGCGGCUUCAGGACGUCUUCGCGUCUCGUCUCCGUUUUUCUUUCUCCUUCCCUCACUUGCCCCUCUCCCCUGUACCUCCCGUCUGUCUCAUCUUUCCGUCUUCGAGCUUCGUUUCCACUCUGCCUUUCUGCUCUUCUGUCUUCCUUGGCUUCUCGUAUCCUCGUCCUUCUUCUCUUAAAGGGUCUCUCCAUCCUCCUCUCUUGCCUCUUCCGUCUCUCAGUUCUUCCAGCUUCUUCUCCCGAGUCCCCCCUUGCCCUUCAUCGCUUCAUUCAUUCUGUUUUUACUUCUUGUGCUCACGCUCUGCGCGUGCCGGUGGCUGCUGUCUUCCUCCUCCGCGCCCUCUCCUCCUUCUCGCCGUCUCUUGGCUCCUUUCUUCCCCUUUUCACUCUCUGAGCUUUCGUCGUUCUCUUCCCUCGUUGCCUGUCCUCUCGCUCUCUGCUGAGCAAGAUGAGUGAGUCUCGUCUGCGGCAGGAAAUUCGGAAGCUCGUGACAGAGCAGAGACAACUGAACCGACGUCUGCAGCAGCAGCGGCGGCCGCCAGGCGAGUUGUUCUCUUUGGACAAGCCGGAGGCGUCUGCGCCUUCUCUGCCGCAAAAAAGAGAACUCGACGCUUCUUCAGAACUCCCUCAACUGCCCGUCCAAACGCCGCUCGGAAAUUCAGCCGAAGUUGCGGCCGACCGAGUCACUUACUCCUUCGAGGGAGAGGAGUUCCAAGUGGAAAAACGCCCGAAGCUCGAGGCCCCCGAUGAGAAGACGGCGACGCGGAACCGGCGGAUGUUUGGUGCGCUCGCCGGGCAUCUGCAGCGAGCGAAGCGGCAACUCCUGAUGGAGCAGUCGACAGAUCUGGCGCACAAGCAGAAACAGCAGGAGGAGCGUGUUGCUCAGAAGCUGGCGAUGAGUCAAAAGAACAUCGCGAAAAUUGCUCGUCUUGAGUGGGAGGAAAGAAGACAGCAAGAGCAACUGCGGCUGGAGGAAGUCUCCACAGAGUUGUCAAAUAAAGAGAACGAACUCAUGCGCCUGCACCUCGCCAAGCAUUACAAGAACAUGGAAGUCUUCAUCGGCACCGAAGCGCAACCGACUCUCUUCUGGGCUCCUGCGAAAUGGGACGACGCCACACGGCGACUGCAAGAACAGACCAAGUUGUGGAUUCGAACGAAAAUCGAGCACAUCGAAGAAACCGACUACACGUAUCGGCCGCAAGGCUCCGCUGCGGGGCGGGAGGACAGGGAAAGCUCCGAGGUGAAGGCCGAGGGCGAGACCGUGGCAGCUGGCGAGGACGAGAGAGCGAUGUGCACCGAGCUCGACACCUCUGAGCCGCGCGCGACGAAGAAAGGACUCUCUGCAGACUCGGAUGACGCGAGCGACAAAGUAUCUGAGACGAAAAGCUAGCUGACGCUCCAAUGUACAGAGAACUCGCGGUGUCUGGGUCGCUUGGAGUGUGGGGGUCGUGUUCCACGCGCAGCGCCGCGGCCACUGGCGCCGAGUCGUUGACGAGAAACCGUGUAUGGAGCGUCUGCGCUCCCUGGAGUCACCCUCAAAAGGGCAGCCUCUCGUUACCGCCAGGAGAGAUGCGCGCGGGCAAACGCCUCGCGGAGGCAGUGUUUUUGUCUCAGGCCAUCCUCUGCUGUGCGGUACACUCUGUCGAGUAGGGUCGCAAUUUCGUGUGUCGCUCUGGACGAAAAGGCGGACGAACCGCCGGUUUCGGGGAACUGAACUGUCGCACUGAGAGCGGGUCUCGACGCGUCACUGGGAGGACCUGAGCGGCAACUGUGCUCCCGAUUGGACGUCUGCGCUGAGGGGGACAGGGUGCGUGGCAGGAGCUGUCUGCGGCGCGCAAAGGCGGCGGAGAUUGAGACGAGUGCCUUCGUGCUGCAUCUGGCUUGGUGUCUUCGUGGGUUUCUCGCGUUUUAAAAUGGCUGCGGACUCGCCUUUGCGGCACACAGCGCCGUUGCGUCCAUAACGCUCUCGACUACCCCUUUGGUUUCGUUCACUUCUCAUGGCGAAAAGCCGCCGCGGGGGGGCCGUGUGCGGAGGCUGUGGAAACUUCUUGCCACGAAACGGUGUAGGAAGUCGUUUCACAAGACCGAACGAAAUUUCCGAGUACCCAGUACCGUUAGGAAACUCUUUUGAUCGGAUCCCAAGGACGCAGUGCACUGAAAAAAGAGACAAGCGUGGUAGUUUCGUGUAAGCGUAAAACCACCAGGGUAGGAAAGAACUC